AUCCCAUUCUUGAUAGAAUAUGGACUCAGUGUGAAACGAAUUGCGGCACCAUGAUGCACAGACUCCUCCUCGUCUCCCCCGAACGCUUGACAUUGUAGCAGAAGUUGAAGUUGAAGUUUAGAAGUUGGAAGUGGAAGUUGAGGUUGAAGCUGGCAGUCAGUUGGAGCCGCCCGGUGACAUAAUCAGCCGCUUGCCCCAAACAGCUCUAGCGCGCUUCCCUGUUGGCUUCCCCAACGUUCUCUGGUGAGCAAACUACUGCCGCAUCCUUGCUGAGAAAACAUCAACAACAACCACAAUCCUCCUCCUCCUCUUCCGCCGCCUCCCCCCGUUCCUUGCGCAUUGAGCUUCGUCUCACCUCACAAUGUUUUCCAGAGUGAUCCGUGCCCGGCAGGUUGCCCCUCUGGGCCGCAAGACCUUUGUCCCAGUAGUAAGGCGAACCGUCACCACCGAUGCUGCUUCCGCGCAUGCUGAAGCUGUCCCAGCUGAAGAGGAUAAACCGUUCACAGUCAAGCUCUCGGACGAGAGCUUCGAAACAUAUGAGCUCGACCCUCCCCCGUACACCCUCCAGACUACCAAGAGGGAGUUGAAACAGAUGUACCAUGAUAUGGUUUCCAUAAGACGAAUGGAGAUGGCUUCGGAUCGGCUCUACAAAGAAAAGAAAAUUCGAGGAUUCUGCCAUUUAUCGACGGGACAAGAAGCAGUUGCGGUCGGUAUUGAACAUGCUAUUACCAAGGACGAUAAAUUAAUCACUGCCUAUCGAUGCCACGGCUUUGCAUUGCUGCGUGGUGGAACUGUAAAGUCGAUUAUUGGUGAGCUUCUUGGGCGUCGAGAGGGCAUUGCAUACGGGAAAGGUGGCUCUAUGCAUAUGUUCGCCAAAAAUUUCUAUGGUGGCAACGGCAUUGUAGGAGCUCAGGUUCCCGUUGGUGCUGGCCUGGCUUUUGCCCAACAGUACAAUGGGGAAAAAAACACCACCAUCACCCUAUAUGGCGAUGGAGCAUCCAACCAAGGCCAAGUAUUUGAGGCCUUCAACAUGGCUAAGCUAUGGAAUCUACCUUGCAUUUUUGGCUGUGAAAACAACAAAUACGGCAUGGGUACCUCCGCUAACCGCUCCUCCGCCCUUACCGAUUACUACAAGCGCGGACAGUACAUCCCCGGCCUGAAAAUCAACGGAAUGGACGUCCUUGCCAUCAAGGCUGCCGUCCAAUAUGGCCGUGAGUACACAACGUCAGGCAAGGGGCCUCUCGUCUUCGAAUACGUCACCUACCGAUAUGGCGGACACUCCAUGUCUGAUCCAGGAACCACAUACCGCACCCGUGAGGAGAUCCAGCGGAUGCGCAGCACCAACGAUCCCAUUGCAGGCCUCAAGCAGAAGCUGCUCGAUUGGGGCGUCACGAGCGAGGAGGAGCUGAAGGCCAUCGAUAAGGAUGCUAGGAAAUAUGUUGAUGAUGAGGUUGCUGAGGCGGAGUUGAUGGCCGAGCCGGAUGCUACGCCGCGCAUUUUGUUUGAGGAUACGUAUGUUCGCGGCAGUGAACCGCAAUGGACACGCGGACGAACUAUUGAUGAGACUUUCUAUUAUUAAAACACUUCUACUACCCCACGAUGCUAUCAACCACAACUAAAACCUGCAACACAUAACCCCUCCCCACCUUGUUAUCUUAGUUUCCCUUUUUGCCGUUUCCCUCUCAAUUUCUUUUGGUGGGUGUGCUCUCUCUGUAAGUAGACUUUUUAAAACGAUAAAAACGCUAGCGAGUGAUGGAUGGAUUGGUGGGCUAUAACAAGCAAAACCAGCUUGGACAAUUUUAACCUUUUCCCAUAUGUCUUUUUUAUUACUUGAGCUUUCGUCAGUCCCCUGUUUUGUUAUUACCUCUUUGUUUUUCUGGCUUUAUUUUGUUUCCCCUCCCCCCCCCCUUCACGUAUCUUAAUGCUCUGUAUUCUAGCUCACCUACCUACCUACCUACCGUGCCCACCAAGAAACAAAAAAAUGGAUUUUUCUCCACCUUUGUCCUGUCCCUAAAAAUUUCCGCUCCUUUUUGUUGCUUUUCUGUCUUACGUUUGCAAAAAUCUGUACUUUCUAUUCAUAUUCCUCCCCCCCCCCCCGGCCCCCUUCCCGUGAGUAGUGGAGUAAUAUGAAAAUUGAGUGAGCUGUGCCCUGCGCCUCCUCCCUCCAAUCUAUCACCUACCUACCUAUCUACCUAUCUAUCUACCUAUCUAUCUAUAGCUGUUUCUUUGCAAACCACAGUUUCCCGAAUCCGUGUGCUUUUUUUCUCAAGGUACGUAAAAUGCACUGUAUUAUGGUAUAACUCUUCAUCCCAAUGAAUCAUCUAAGAGGCAAGGAGUAUUUCAAGACGUAGGAAGUUGUUGCUAGCGAGACGCGAGAAUAGCGGAGGGGAGCACAUUGACAUCUGUUUCUGAUAUAUAUAUAUAUAUAUAUAUAUAUAUCCCGUUCAUGAACAAAUUCAC